AUGGACUUGGUAGACCUAAAACCUUUCAUUGAAGUUAAGAAUGUAGGGCAAGGAACAUACUCUCAGAUGCAAGAGCUUAAUAAUUUUACUCUGAAUGUUUUAAACUGUUUGACAAUAAAGUGGUCAUCUGUGUAUGAAGCCUACAAUUGGAUGGUGAUGUGUGCCUUAAGAAUAGCAAUAGCAGGAAUUGUGAAGAACAUUAAGUGGGGCCGAACAGUCAUGGUUCGAGGAAUUUCGGGAGAGGAGGCAGCAGCAAAGUGCACCAGUGUCCGUACUGUGUAUACUCAACACACUACAACCAAAGAUAGCCUUAAGCAGCAUGUUCGCACACAUACUGGAGAAAAACCUUUUACCUGUCCUUACUGCCCUUUUCGAGCAUCACAGAAUUGUAAUGUGAAAACCCACAUCCGUGUUCAUACUGGAGAGAGACCGUAUACAUGUUCCAAGUGUUCUUAUAGGGCAUCUCAGAAAUCUGCGUUACAUACCCUGCCUGAGUUAUUGAGUACAACUUCAGUACAUUUCCUGUACCUUGUGUCCUUGGAGUCCUUUAGGAUCCUUUGA